AUUUGGGCGUUGUAGCUGAAUUGGUACGUUUACCCUACGGGUGCUUUAUUCGGUGAGCACGGUUAGCCACGGCUGCGCGCGGAUAAUGGUAACCUUGCGAGGGACGAAACGACGCGGUGCGCAAACACAAUUUUCAUUGUACCAUUUUCAUCGCCGCCGCGAACAAAGUCGCGAGACACGCACGUGCGUGCGUGGCCGCUUCUGCGGUGGCUCCGCGUACGGCGCGGCGCGGCGCGGCGCGGCGAGGCGAGGCUAGUAAUACAGAAAAGCCACGGACAGAAGGAACAAAAGGAGCAGAAGGAGGAACAGGAGGAACAGAAGCGAGUUCGUCGCGAAGGUAGAACGCGCGUGUACCGUGCACUUGGUGUAACGUGUAUCGAGAGACAGAGAAAACAACGAUCACGACUGACACGAACCGGGGAAGUUGAGUCGGCGAACCGAACCGCUCACCGAUUCCAAAGUCUGCCGGUAGGCUCAGUUGUCUCCGAACCCCCGAACAGUUCGGAUGUAGCCGAACCUCGCUCGAUCUCCCACGUUCCUCGACGACUUCUCAUUCACGCAAGUCCGACGUUGUGUGCCCGUUUGUCGGCGGUUAGCUCGUGGGUAUCGCGUUCGCAUGUCACGGGCUCGAUCUUGAACGACGUUCGAUAAAAAUCGAGUGUGCUUCCUGCUGUAUCGAUCCGCGAGAGAACCGAACCGUUUGUUGUCAACGUUUCGGAUCGCGUGCAGCCUAUCAAAAUACCGAAAGGGGACGAGAUAGUACCCGGGAGUUGCAACGUGCCGAAAAAGAUCGAAGCAACCAGAGAAGAAGAGGCGCAAAAUCGUCGUGUCUGGGGCGCAAGGAAUCGAACCGUUAAGACGUAGCAGUCACGUAGAAUGGUAACUUCACAACACGACGGUACCAGAAGUGUGGGUGGCGGGGGCGGCGGAGAUGGCGGCGGCGGCGGUGGUGACGGAACCGUGUACACGGUGACCGUGAGUGGGGUCGGUUACAGGAACGAGGGUUACAAAGACGAUGGCACCGACGGUAUACCCCCGGAGCCGCAGAAACCGCCACAGUUGUCGUCCACGGACGACGACACCCAGUCCAGGAAGUUCAAGCUUUCGCGCGGCGAGAAAUGGCGGAUCUUAAAGAACAUUAGUACCGUCUCGAUAGCUUUUAUGGUGCAGUUUACUGCGUUUCAAGGCACGGCGAACCUUCAGUCGUCUAUAAACGCUAGUGAUGGUUUGGGUACUGUGUCUCUAUCGGCGAUAUACGCGGCGCUGGUGCUCUCCUGCAUCUUCGUGCCUACCUUCGUUAUCAAGAGGCUCACCGUUAAAUGGACGCUGUGUGUCUCUAUGCUGUGUUACGCCCCGUACAUCGGAUCCCAGUUCUAUCCGAAAUUUUACACCCUGGUACCAGCCGGUGUACUUCUGGGCCUUGGCGCGGCACCCAUGUGGGCAGCACAAGCCACCUACCUCACGCAAGUCGGCGGCGUUUACGCGAAGCUCACCGACCAACCCGUGGACGCCAUCGUCGUCAGAUUCUUCGGGUUCUUCUUCCUCGCCUGGCAGACCGCCGAACUCUGGGGCAACCUGAUCUCGUCUUUAGUGCUCAGCGAGGGGGAGUUCGGCAGCACCGGAGGGAACAGCACCACCAAUUAUAACAAGAUCAAGCUCUGCGGCGCUGAUUUCUGCGUCCUUGGGAACGGAGGCCACGACAACCUGGAACGUCCACCGGAGUCCGAGAUCUACGAAAUUUCAGCGAUCUAUCUGACUUGCGUAAUCGUCGCGGUAAUAAUCGUCGCCCUCUUCGUCGAUCCUCUCUCGAGGUACGGUGAGAAACAACGACGCGUCGAUAGCCAAGAGCUCAGUGGUAUACAAUUGCUCUCUGCAACUGCUUAUCAACUGAAGAAACCUUAUCAGCAGCUUCUCAUACCGAUCACAGUAUGGAUUGGCAUGGAACAGGCCUUCAUAGGAGCAGAUUUCACACAGGCGUACAUUUCCUGCGCGUUAGGCGUGCACAGAGUGGGCUAUGUGAUGAUCUGCUUCGGUGUGGUGAACGCUGCCUGCUCCCUGGUCUUCGGAUCAGUAAUGAAAUUCGUCGGGAGACAGCCGCUUAUGGCGCUGGGCGCCAUCGUCCACGCUAGUCUUGUCGUCGUGCUGCUUCACUGGAAACCGCACCCCGCGAACCCUUAUGUUUUUUACACUGUUUCCGGCCUGUGGGGAGUCGGAGACGCGGUAUGGCAGACGCAGGUUAAUGGUCUGUACGGUACCCUGUUCAGGCGCAACAAGGAGGCCGCGUUCUCCAACUACAGAUUAUGGGAGAGCGCCGGUUUCGUGAUAGCGUACGCGUACAGCACUCAUCUGUGCGCGCGUAUGAAGCUGUACGUGAUGCUGACGGUGCUUAUAAUCGGCACAAUUGGAUACAUCGUGGUGGAAUUGCUGCACAGGCGCAAACAGAAAAGGCUGAAGGCGAUCGCGGAUGAUCCAAAGGCAGCCCAGGCGGAGGCGAACCAGGUGGACGAGACGGACGACGAGAAGGACGAUCUUGACGACGAUAUCAUCAUUACCCACCUAUGAACGACGCACGCGCGACGACGAGUAAUUUCAUUGGUCGUCGGGCUCGAUCGACUCUUCUCUUUUAUUCUUCCUUAUUGCUUCGCCGUAACGCGCGCAGUAACUUUCUACGACGCGACGUAGACGAGAUCCGCUUUGGGAAAACUGCUGUCGAAGCGUGUUGUCGCUCGUUUGCAGGAAGCGUAAGGACGACACGCGUCGCGUGAAAUUCUCAUCGAACGCAACGUCCAUCUUGGAGAACCAGACGCCAACCACCUCCGAACACCGUUCAUUCUUUCGAUCGUAUAAAUUUCUUCGUUCGAUCGCGCCGCGACGCGUCUCGUCCUCGUUCGCGUCGAGAAGGUAUGCAUGUGGGCGCGGAGGUCAUCCUGUUGAAACAACGACACCGAUAGCCGCGGCUGGAAGAACGAAAGAAAGACACCGACUCGUGCUAAAUGAACGAGGAACCGCGCGAAUGGGACUCGUUUUUCCGCGAACGAACGAGCCCCGUUCGCGUCGCAAACAUUCGAAACGACGAUCGCCGAUUGUUGGAUGAAAAGGAAUCGCUUGGCUUCGCGGAUGGAACGAUUUUGGGAAGGAUAGUAACGAACGUUGACGUUCAGGAGAGACAAGGUACGCGAAGAAAUGGUCGAAUCGAACGAGUAUCCGUGUGUAUUCGUAAGACGCUGGUAGACGCUUCGUAGCAACUUGCCAUUAAGUUUUAUCGGAAUUGUGUCUGAAUUUUGUGAUAUGGAUCGGGAGUUCCGAAUGAACGGUUCGAUCGCGGAAUCCGCCUAUCUUACGUGUGUAUAUAUAUUAUAUAUGAAUAGCAAUUGUAUAUGUGGUUUGGAACGGAUGUUCUUUUCGAACGCGUAAUUCUGGUUCGUCGACGCGAGAUACGAUCUUGCGAGAUGAAAAGGGAAACACAAGAGCCUACCGAAUCGAACAGGAAUCUGAAAUUCCGUCACGAACGGCGGGAGGAAGGGAAAAUUACGCGCUUCGUUACCUAUUGUACAGUAGAACCUCGAUAGUUGCAACCCCCCCGACGAUCGCGCGAGGAAUCUCGUUCGUUGCACCGCGUGUUGACAAAAUGGAGGGCACCGGUCGCUCAGCAACCUGUGAAACCGGAGGUGGAAGGAUAUAUAGACGUGAUCGAAAUUGAUAUACGGAUCGCUGGUGAAAUUUACGAAACCGUGGACCCGUUUUUGACGGUCAAUUUUUUUAAUCGUCGCACGUAUUUAGUACAAAUUUAGUUACAGCAAUUGAUUUCGCGCAUAAAAGCGAUAAAAUAUGUUUAGAGAUAGGGCAAAGGUAGCUUAUAUAGCAAAAAUCGAAAUAUAAUUCAUCCCGUUGCAUUUAAUCUGUCUCACGUCGGAAAAAAUAACCCUGGAAAUAUGAAACGCUAUAUUUUAUAUGAGAAAGUUUUUUCAGGUACUUCUUAUCGCCUCACCCUGUACAUAAUUAUGAAAAUCUUAUUGAUCGAUGAGGUUUUUCCAAUGAAAAUGAAACCAAGCACGACUUGACUUAUCUUCGACGCCUUGUUCGAAUAUUUCUAAUCGAUUAGGAUACGAAAAGUGUGCAUUACGGUUCAUUUGUGAAUGAAAAGUGGUUGACUCCGUUUCAUGUAAUUGUUUCGUGUGGUUGGGUAGUGUUGCAUAGGUUUAUUGAAUUAGAUACCUCGAUAGUUGCACGAACUUUCAGCCCCGUUUUCCUGCAAUUAUCGAGAUCCUUCUGUACCUUCGAUUCGCGACUCUGAUCAACUUCGUGGACGAAUGGAUAAACUCAAAACGAGUUUUUCAAUUUUCAUCGGUUCAAAGCCAGAGCUCGAAACGAUUCCGGAAGGAAAUUUUUUCUAAUCGUUGUAGAAAAGUUCUGAGUCGAGACUGUCGCGAAGAACUUCUAUUCUGAGCAACUGUUAUUCGAAUUAAAAGCUUAAAAGCUUGUUAUUCGAAGAAUCUAAACCAGUGUAACAGUUUUCAAGUUUCGAAAGCGGACUGGGUCUGCGAUCGAAGCAGGGCUGUGCGCCUGCACGCUUCUUUAACCCUUUGCACUCCGAAUUAUACUUCAAUUUUGUUACCAGCAGCUCCCAAACGCCUUCAAGUGUUUUAUUUUUGGAACUUACCUGUUAAAAUAUCUGUUUUAUU